UUCUCAUUAAAACAGCCAGCCUUUUCCUUUAUCAGCAGAAGCAUAUCUCCAUUCUAAUUACCAUAUCUAUAUACUUACACUUGAAUUCUCUCUUAUCUUCAACCCAAUGCUAAGCUUUCCUUAAGGUACUCAUCCUUUCUUUAUCUGUUCCUCUUCCUUCUAGCUUGUUUUUACUGCUUUCAGGCUUCAGUUUUAGCUCAUUAAUCCUGUUUAUUUUCGGUUCUUUUAAUACUAGUCUUGUAAUUUUGGAGAAUUAAUUCAAUAGAACUUUGUAGAAAUGUUUGGCCUUCCGUCUCUUUAUCUUUGAUUUGCAUCAUAAUCUUGAAAAUCAACAUUGAUUCAAUUCUCCUGCAUAGUGUAUGGAUACACUUCUUGAAGGAUAUUCUAGUUCAAUGAAUCAUUUGCAAGUUGACCGUGGCUUAGUUGAUCAAUUUGAACUCAACCCUGACCUCAUAGAUCCUCUUGAUCCAUCUUUCCUUCCAACCUAUCCAACCCCUCUUAGUGAUUUUUCUCCAUCUUCUAGUAUUGACAAAUAUGGAGAUCCUGCAGACAUCAGUGAACCCUUUCAUGCAACUCUCAGGUAUAUAAAUUAUAUGCUCAUGGAAAAAGACCUGGAGGACAAGACAUGCAUGUUACAGGAUUCUUUGGCUCUUCAAGCUGCUGAAAAAUCCUUUUAUGAUGUCCUUGGCCAGAAAUACCCCCAUUCAACAAAUCAUUAUCCUUCAUGUUAUAACUCAGAGAACCCGGAUAAUUAUUGCAAUACUAGUAGCAGCGCUGAUAACAGUAACAGCAGUACUACUGCUAACAACUUAGUUCAUCUCAACUGUACACGUAAUCAAUUCUCUCUUAUUGACUCUCCUGAAAGUACCUUUCUGGUACCCAAUUUAUGUAGUGAGAUACACCAUUUUGGACUUUUCAGUCGAGGCAAAGUUAGUAAUUCCCUUUCUAAUGAUGAUACUGUCGUCCCAAACACUGGCUUAUUAUAUUCUGGAGAAGAGGUGGUAGCUAGCAUAGCAAAGGACAUAACACACAGUUCGAACCAUUAUCAGCUAGAGGGUUGUAAUUAUCUUGAAGAAGGGAGAAGAAACAAGCAUUUUGCGCAUUCUCUUUCUGAACAUGAACCACUGGAGGUGUUUGACGAAGUAUUGCUUUGUAAAUGUGAGAAUAAGUCGGUACCAUGUUUAAUUCACGGAUUGUGGCAAGAUGGAUCAAGAGAAAAGGUGCAGCAGAUUGGCCAGUCGAAAGGGUCUAAUAGCGGAACAACACGCACGAAGAAGAAAGGAAAAAAGAGAGAAGUAGUGGAUCUGUGGACUCUUUUAACCACGUGUGCACAAGCUGUGGCUAGCUAUGAUCAAAGGACUGCAACUCAGCUCCUAAAGCAGAUUAGGCAGCAUUCUUCACCUUUUGGCGAUGGAACUCAAAGAUUGGCCUAUUACUUCGCUAAGGGUCUUGAGGCACGCCUGGCUGGCGCCCAGACACCGAUCUCUAUACAUCUAUAUAGUAGGGCAUCGGCUGCUGAUAUGAUACAAGCUUACAAGGUAUAUGUUACAUCAUGCCCCUUCGAUAGGAUUUCAUUUUUUAUGGCAAACCGGACGAUUUUGAAACUUUCAGAAAAAGCAACAAGGCUUCACAUUAUUGAUUUUGGCAUUGGCUAUGGUUUUCAGUGGCCUUGCCUUAUUCAGCGUGCUUCCAAAAGGCCAGGUGGUCCUCCCAGGAUCCGCAUUACAGGUAUUGAUUUCCCUCAACCAGGUUUCCGGCCCGCAGAAAGAGUUGAAGAGACAGGGCAGAGAUUAAAAUCUUACUGUGAGAGGUUUAAUGUCCCAUUUGAAUACAAUGCAAUAGCAGAGAAAUGGCAGAAUAUUCAAUUCGAGGAUCUCAAGAUUGACACAGAAGAGAUAACAGUUGUUAAUUCUACGUACCGGAUGAAACAUCUGCCGGAUGACACAGUGCUCAUUAAGAGCCCAAGAGAUGCUGUUUUAGAAUUGAUAAAGAAAAUUAAUCCAAACAUAUUCAUCCAUGGGGUUGUUAAUGGCACCCACGAUGCCCCAUUCUUUCUUGCACGUUUCCGUGAGGCACUAUUCCAUUUUUCUACUCUGUUUGAUAUGUUUGAGGCUAAUGUGCCUCGCGAAGAUCAGGGGAGGAUGCUGUUCGAGAGAGAAAUAUAUGGAAAAGAUUCGAUGAAUGUGAUUGCUUGUGAGGGUAUAGAGAGGGAUGAAAGGCCAGAGGCGUAUAAGCAUUGGCAGUCAAGGAAUUUGAGAAUUGGGUUCGAGCAGCUGGCACUAGAUAAAGAUAUUUUGAAGAGCGUGAAGACUUUAGGAAAGUUGAAUUAUCAUAAGGACUUUGUUAUUGAUGAAGUCGGUCAGUGGAUGCUGCAGGGAUGGAAGGGGAGAAUAACCCAUGCCCUUUCUUUCUGGAGACCCGUCCAGGAUUGUUGGUUCUUUAUGAAUACACUGCUCCAAGGAUUUUCUAGUUCCAUGAAUCAUUUGCAACUUGACCCUGGUUUAGUUUCAGUCUAUUCAAAUCAGAAUCACGGCCUUAAAGAUCUUUCAGACCCUCUUAGUGAUAUAAUUUCACCUUCUAGUAUGGGCUCAAUUGGGGAUUCUCCAGACACCAGUGAGCUCUCUCAAACAACUCUCAAGUAUAUAAGCGAGAUGCUUAUGGAAGAAGAUCUGGGAGAUAAGACGUGCAUGUUGCAGGACUGUAUGGCCCUCCAAGCUGCCGAAAAAUCCUUCUAUGAUGUUCUUGGCCAGAAAUACCCCCCUUCACCAAAUCAAUUCUCUUCAUCUUUCAAUCAAAACUCACAGAGCCCAGAUGAUUAUUGCACCACUAGUAGCGGUGCUGAUAGCAGUAAUGACAGUACUGUUACCAACAACUUGGUUCAGCCCAAUUGGAUAAGUAAUCAGUCCUCUCUUAUUAAGUCUACUCAAAGUACCUUUCUUUUACCAAAUUUAUAUAGUGAGAUACAGCCUGUUGGUCUUUUCAGUGAAUUACGGGAAGUUAGUAAUUCCCUUCCUAACGAUGAUACUGUCACUUCCAAGAUUAGCCGCCUAUCAAAAUCUAGAGAAGAUGUAGUAGCCAGCGUAGCAGAGGACGGGAAACACAGUUCACCAGAUGCGUCAAGGGGAAGGAAAGGUUAUCAGCUAGAGGAUGGUAAUUAUCUUGAAGAAGGAAGGAGCAAGAAGCAUUUGGCGCUUUCAGUUUCUGAAUAUGAGCCAUCGGAGGAGUUUGAUGAAGUGUUGUUAUGUAAAUGUGAAAAUAAUAGUUCUGCAUCAUGUUUGUUUCACGGAUUGGGGAAAAAUGGAAUAGGUGGAAAGAUGCAGCAGACUGGGCAGCCAAAAGGGUCUAAUGGUGGAACAACACGCACAAAGAAAAAGGGAAAAAUGAGGGAAGUGGUGGAUUUAUGGACUCUAUUAACUCUUUGUGCACAAGCUGUCGCUAGCUAUGACCAAACUACUGCAACUGACCUCUUAACGCAGAUUAGGCAGCAUUCUUCUUCUUCUGGUGAUGGAACUCAAAGAUUGGCCCAUUACUUUGCUAAUGGUCUUGAGGCCCGUCUGGCUGGCACCCAGAAACCGAUUUCUACACAUCUCAAUAGUAGGGCGUCGGCUGCUGAUGUUUUACAAGCUUACAGGGCAUAUAUUUCAUCGUGCCCCUUCAAUAGGAUGUCCUUUUACAUGGCAAACCGAACGAUAAUUAAAGUAUCAGAAAAGGCAACAAGGAUUCACAUAAUUGAUUUUGGCAUUGGCUAUGGUUUUCAGUGGCCUUGCCUUCUUCAGAAUCUUUCAAAAAGGUCGGGUGGUCCUCCCAAGAUCCGCAUGACAGGCAUUGAAUUUCCUCAGCCAGGGUUCCGACCUGCAGAAAGGGUUGAAGAGACUGGGCGACGAUUAAAAUCUUACUGCGAGAGGUUUAAUGUCUCGUUUGAAUACACUUCUAUAGCAGAGAAGUGGCAGAAUAUCCAAUUAGAGGAUCUCAAGAUUGACAGAGAAGAGAUGACAAUUGUUAAUUCUAUGUACAGGAUGAAACACCUGCCCGAUGACACAGUGGUCAUUAGUAGCCCAAGAGAUACUGUUUUAGAAUUGAUCAAGAAAAUUAAUCCUGACAUAUUCAUCCAAGGAGUUGUUAAUGGUACCCACAAUGCACCUUUCUUUCUCCCACGCUUCCGUGAGGCACUAUUCCAUUUUUCUGCAUUGUUUGAUAUGUUUGAGGCUAAUUUACCUCGUGAAGAUCAGGGGAGGAUGCUAUUUGAGAGAGAAAUAUAUGGCAAAGAUUCGAUGAAUGUUAUUGCAUGUGAGGGUAUGGAGAGGGUUGAUAGGCCAGAGACUUAUAAGCAAUGGCAGGCAAGGAAUCUGAGAAUUGGGUUCAGGCAACUCGCGCUGGAUAAGGAUUUGUUGAAGAAUGUGAGGUCUUUGGUGAAAUCCAACUUUCAUCCAGAUUUUGUUCUCGAUGAAGUCAGCAAUUGGAUGCUGCAGGGAUGGAAGGGGAGAUUAAUUUAUGCUCUUUCUUUCUGGAAACCUGUCCAGCCUGUGUUUAUGGAUAGCUUUCUCCAAGAAUUACAUGGUUCUAUGUACGGAUUUAAAUUUGACAAUGGUUCAAUUUCAUCGGUCUUUCAAAAUCUGAAUCUUGAAAGUGGUGACUCCACAUAUCCUCAUCCACCUUUUAUUCCGACCAGUUCACAGCUUCCUAUUGAUUCAGCUCCAUUUUCAGACGCAAACCCUAACAGAGAUUCUCCAUAUAAUGCAUGCGAUGACGAUGACUCUGCUAAUUCUGUUCUCAAGUACAUAAGUGAGAUGCUUAUGGGAGAAGAAUUAGAAGACAAGAACUGCAUGUUGCAGGAUUCUUUGGCCCUCCAAGCUGCUGAAAAAUCCUUCUAUGAUGUCCUUGGCCAAAAAUACCCUCCUUCGCCAAAUCAAAUUCUUCCUUGUUUCAAUCAGAACAUCUACAGUCCAGAUGAUUAUUUCAUUAUGGGAAGCAGUAACAAUAGCAGUAAUAGCUAUACAAUUGCUAGUAGCCUGGUUGAAUCUAAUUAUAUUUGUGAUCAAACCCUACUUCAAAGUUCUCUUAUUAACUCUCCGUUUAGUACCUUUUUGGUACCAGAUUUGUAUAGUCAGAUACAACCUUUUGAAUGGUUCCGGGGAGGAAUAGGAGAAGCUGGUAAGGGACAUCUUAAUGGCGGUGUAAAUGUUGCUGCCCAAAGCAACUUAUUGAAGCCUUCGAAGCCAGAAGUAGUGGCAGUAACCAUGGCAGAGAAGACUAUAAGUUAUUCUCCUCCAGAUGGGUUAGGAGGUCGUAAAAUUUAUCAGCGUGAUGAUAAUGAUUAUCUUGAAGAUGGGAGGAGCAAGAAGCAUCCUGCAUUUUCUCUUGCAGACCCGGACGAAACAGAGAUGUAUGAUGACGUAUUACUCAGCAACGCUGAGAAUAACAAUUCAGAAUUGUGUUCUCUUCAUGGACCAAUCCAGAAUAGAUCAAGUGAGGAGUUGCAACAUAACAGACAGGGAAGAACGAAACACACAAAGAAGAAACGGGGUAACAGAAGAGAGGUGGUGGAUUUGCGUAAUCUACUGACUCAAUGUGCACAAGCUGUGGUUAGCUAUGAACAAAGGACUGCAAAUGAACUACUGAAACAAAUCAAACAGCACUCUUCUGCAAUUGGAGAUGGAACUCAGAGAAUGGCGCAUUAUUUUGUUAAUGGUCUUGAGGCACGACUCGAUGGCACAGAAACUCCAGCCUAUAGCCCAACUGUAAGUAACAGAAUAUCUGCAGCUGAUAUCCUAAAAGUUUACAGGUUAUUUAGUUCAGUGUGCCCCUUCAAGAAAAUGUCAGUUUUCCUUUCAAACAAAACCAUUAUGAAACUGUCAGAGAAAGCAACAAGGCUCCACAUCAUUGAUUUUGGCAUCCUUUGCGGUUUCCAAUGGCCUAAUCUUAUCCAAUGUCUAUCGGCUAGGCCUGGUGGACCUCCCAAGCUUCGUAUAACAGGAAUUGAAUUUCCUCAACCGGGAUUUCGACCUGCAGAAAGAGUUGAAGAGACAGGGCGUCGCUUGAAAAGAUACUGAGAGAGGUUCAAUGUACCAUUUGAGUACAAUGUCAUAGCGCAGAAAUGGGAUACUAUUCAAGUUGAGGAUAUCAACAUUGACAGGGAUGAGAUGACUGUUGUUAACUGUUUGUACCGGAUGAGGAGCAUACCGGAUGAGACAGUGGACUUCGUUAACAGCCCAAGGGACAUUGUUUUAAGACUAAUAAAGAGAAUUAAUCCAGAUAUCUUCAUCCACGGGGUGGUUAAUGGUACUUACAGUGCACCAUUCUUCAUCACAAGAUUCCGGGAGGCUUUGUUCCAUUUCUCUGCACUGUUUGAUAUGCUUGAGGCCACUAUACCUCGCGAAGAUCAACAGAGGUUGAUGUUUGAGAGAGAAACAUUCGGGAGAGAUAUCAUGAAUGUGAUUGCCUGUGAGGACAUACAGAGGAUUGAAAGGCCGGAGACUUACAAGAAGUGGCAGGUUAGAAAUGCCAGGGCUGGGUUCAGGCAACACCCAUUAGAUAAGGAAAUAUUGAGGGAAAUGAAGAGUUUAGUGAAAUCAGGUUACAAUUCAGAUUUUGUUAUCGAUGAGGAUGCCAAGUGGAUUCUCCAAGGGUGGAAAGGGAGAGUGAGUUAUGCUCUCUCUUGCUGGAAACCUAUCCAGGAGUAGCUCCACUGCCAUAUUGUUAAGGUUAUACCCAUUACCCAAUGGCUAAAUGGAUUCAACUUUCAUAUUAUCAUACCUUUACUCUGUUUCAACCGCUGUGCGGUAGUCGUAGAACGUAAUGCCAGGUUUAGAUGAUUUUUGCUUGAUGAUUUUGGGCAUUAAUAUAUCUUACAAUAUGUUCAUUUA